UCAGGUGUUGGAUGGCUCUUUAAAAGCAUGUGUUAGACUCAGAUGCUCAGUUACUGCUUUCACUCGAGUGUCACACCUGCAAUGGAGUUGCUUCAAGUUUUUGGAGUCCUGGCAAGUUUAUUACUCUGCCGUGGAACUGUAACCAAGCCGAGCCCAGCACAGAAUCCCUCCUAUCUCAUAUCCGUCUCUGAAGUCCUGCGCUGUGGCGUUCCGACCUCUUUAUCAGUCACCAUUCUGGCAGAGUAUCCCAUCAAAGUCACGGCUGAACUCAUCCACGGAAACAGCAGUGUGGCUCAAACAGAGAGCACCAUCCCAGCAGGCUCUACCAGACUGCUGGCUCUUCCCCCUGUCUUUUCUGAUGACAUGAGUUACUGGGAUCCAUAUCAGCUGGAUGUUAAGGGGUUUGUUGGCACUAAUCAAGUGUUCUCCAACUCCACCACAAUGGUCUUCAGUCCCAAGUGCAUGUCGGUCUUUAUCCAGACUGACAAGAACAACUACCAACCAGGACAGACGGUGAAAUUUCGGGUUGUAUUGGUUACACCUGAAGGAAAUCCGCACAAGGGUCAGAUCGAUAUUUUUAUCAGGGAUCCCAAGGGGAAUUUGAUUCGACAGUGGCUGUCUGUGGAUGGUUUUCUAGGUGUUGUUUCCAAAGAGCUGAACCUCUCUCAGAACCCGCCGCUCGGCUCGUGGAAAAUUAUAGCUGGAAUCAAGGAUGUUGUGCACGAGAGAGUGUUCACUGUGGACUACUAUGUGCUGCCUAAAUUCGAGGUGAUGGUGGACGUCCCCUCCACCCUUCAUUAUGAAGACAUACUGACCGGGAAGGUCACAGCCAAGUAUUUUUAUGGGAAGUCUGUCAGUGGGAUGAUGUCUGUCACAUAUGUCCACUUUUUCGGUGGCCUUGAGAAGAGUUACCAACUUAAAGAAACAAUCGACGGUUCUGCUGCUCUCACAUUUGAUCUGCGGUACUCCAAAAAGUACACAUAUUCCUAUAACGAUGAAUAUGGGCCCAGUGAAUAUGUCGACAUUAUCGUGAAUGUCACAGAUGCUACAGGGUUUUCCUACAACAGCAGCGCGAGGGUUUCUAUUGUGAAGAAUAAAUACAAUCUGGAAUUUCUGCAGCAUCCACAGAUCAUAAAACCCUCCAUGACCUUCACUGCUCAGCUGAAGUUAAGCACCUAUGACAGCCGGCCGCUGUCAGCUGAGGAGCAGAGCAGAAGCGUGCGGCUGGCGGUGACCCAGAGCGACUUCAGCCCUUGGACCUGGAUGUGGGACAGCGAAGAAUCCCCAGAGCCUCGCACAACGAUCUACGAACCGACAACCAACUUCUUUACCGUUUACGAUAUUCCAGUCGAAGAUAUGGAUCUCCCUGUUACUGCUGAUGGCGUGAUGUCUUUCCAGAUUCAACUCUCUGACAGUGUUGCCACGCUUGAUAUAGAGGCCCGGUUUGAAGACACAGUCCAGCGUCUCCAGCUCUACAGGAGUUAUUCUUCACUGAGCAGAUCCUACAUACAGCUUCACAGAGACAGUGAGCCUCAGGUUGGACAGCCGCUGUUUUUGACUUUGGAGAGCAAUUUUAACCUGGCAGAAUUUCACUACCUUGUGAUGUCCCGCGGUCGGGUGGUGGAUGCUGGGACGGUAAAUUCCUCCUCCUUCAGUCUGAACACAGAUCACUCUUGGACUCCAUCGGCUUGUGUGGUGGUGUACCACACGCUUCCAGAUGGAGAGAUCGUCAAUGAUGCUGUGCAAGUUACUUUCACACAAGUCCUGAGAAACACGGUAUCUCUGAGCUGGAGUCAGGAUCGUGCUGAACCAGCAGGUUCUGUCUCUCUCUCCGUGUCUGUAUCCGAGCCCGGAUCUCUGCUGGGAAUUCUGGUGGUGGACAAAGCAGCAUUGGACUCCAGCAAAGACAAUGGCAUCACAGAGAAGACGGUGCUGGAGGAAUUCAUGUCGUAUAGCAGCGAGAUGACCCAUGCGGAUUACAGCAGCGUGAUAAUGGGAGAUCCAUAUUCCAUAUUCAUGACGUGCGGUGUCACGGUUCUGACCGAUGCCAAGCUGAAUCAGGAAAGAAGUCAAUUAUUCACUCCGUUCCUGCAGGAACACUUCAUGAAUCUGCAGGAUAGCAGUGCUUUUCAGGAGCCCAGAAAGCGAGCAGACUUUCCUGAAACCUGGAUAUGGCUGGAUGCAAACGUGAGUAAUUCUGUCUUGGAGUCCUUCCAGUUCACCGUGCCAGACAGCUUGACCUCCUGGGUGGCCUUUGCCAUCGUGAUGUCAGAGAAUCUGGGUUUGGGCAUCAGCGCUCCUGCAGAGUUGACUGUGUUCCGAGAUUUCUUCGUGUCACUGAAUCUCCCGGCGUUCCUGAUCCGUGGGGAACUGCUACUGCUGGAAGUCAGUUUAUUCAACUAUAUGGAUGUAGAUAUGGAGGUGAUGGUUGUGGUAGCAGAAAGUUCGAUGUUUGAGUUUGUGUCACCAGACAAUGGAGGAUUUUCCUUGGACAACGUGAGGAAAGCCUUAGUGUUGAGUCAGAACAUCACAACGCUUCUGUUCCCCAUCAGAGUCACUGCGCUGGGAGAGAUUCCCAUCUCCGUCAAAGCCACGUCUGUCUACUCUUCAGACUGGGUCUACAAGACGGUUCUUGUCAAGCCAGAGGGACUGGAGCAAUCAUACUCUCAAACUUUGUUUCUGGAGUUUCAACUGAAGGAGAACAUGCUGAAUAGUAAAAUGUCAUUUAGUUUUCCUGCAAAUGUGGUUCCUGGCAGUCAAAGGGCCAGUGUGUCUGCUGUGGGUGACAUUCUGGGCCCGUCCAUUGGCAAUCUGGACUCUCUCAUUGAGAUGCCUUACGGUUGUGGAGAGCAGAACAUGAUCCAUUUUGCUCCAAAUAUUUAUGUUCUCCAGUACAUGAGAAGCACCAAGCAGACUGAUGAACAGACAAAAAACAAAGCUAUGAGCUACAUGAUGGAAGCUUAUGAACGUGAGCUUUCCUACCAAAGGUUUGAUGGCUCAUUUAGUGCGUUUGGAGACAGUGAUGAUUCUGGAAGCACAUGGCUGUCAGCGUUCGUGCUCAGGUGUUUCCUCCAGGCUCAGGACUUCAUGUCCAUCGACCCGAUGGUGAUGCAGAGGACAGCCUAUUGGCUUCUGGCUCAUCAGAACGCUGAUGGUUCGUUCGACGAGCCGGGUCGGGUCAUCCACACAGAGCUCCAGGGAGGACUGGAUGGGCCGGUGUCUCUCACGGCAUACGUCCUUAUAGCGCUUCUGGAGGACGCUGAAUACAGGAGUACAUAUGAAGGCAGCAUCUCUUCUGCCGUGAGUUUCCUGACAUCUCGACUGGCUCAGGGAAUCUCCAGUAACUACAGCCUGUCUGUAGUCACCUAUGCUCUGUCACUGGCCAACAGCACCGCCGCUCCACCUGCCCUCACCGAGCUGUUGAACAGAGCACUAGUUGUUGAUGGAGUGCCAACCUGGAGAUCUCCAGCCAACGUCCUGUAUAAUUCCUGGCAGCCAAGUUCAUCAGAUAUUGAGAUGUCGGCCUACGUACUGCUCGCCAUGCACAGACUUAAACUAAUGGAUGAAGGAUUCACUCUGGUGAAGUGGCUCAGUAAGCAAAGAAACCAUCUUGGGGGAUAUGGAUCCACUCAGGAUACAGUGAUGGCUCUGCAUGCACUGUCAAUCUACGCCACCUUUAGCAGCCCAGAGUCCAUAGAUCUCAGCAUCACUGUGAAUGGUGUCUUCAGCUCUGCCACCGUAUUCAACAUAGACAGAUACAAUUACCUGCUCCAGCAGAGCCAAGACCUGCCCAUUAAAGCAGAAGAAGGGGUUGAUAUUGAGGUGGUGGCACAGGGUAAAGGCUUUGCUCUGUUUCAGCUUAAUGUGUUCUAUAACGUGAUGAACCUGAGAACGUCGCUCAGACGGCGUGACAUACACACAGAUGAGGCCUUUUAUUUGUAUGUAGACGUAAUGGACAAUGAGGAGUUCCAUGUAAACCUUCACAUAUGUUUCAGGCUGAGGGAGGACCAGGGCCUGAAACAGACGGGUAUGGCCAUACUGGACGUGGGUUUACUCACGGGGUUCAGUUUGGCCCAAAACGGUGUCCAGCUUAAUGAUAUAGUCAGAAGAGUAGAGUCACCUUCAGGACGAGUUACACUUUAUUUAGACACGGUGACCACAAUGGAAAGGUGCGUUGAAAUAUCCACCAUCCUGGAAUUUAAGGUGGUCAAUGUCCAAGAUGCUGUGGUCAAUAUCUAUGAUUACUAUGAGCCCAGACGGAGGACAGUGCGGUCCUACACAUCUGAGACGAGACGGGACAUGUCUGUAUGUUCUCUAUGUGGGCCAGAUUGUUCCCAGUGUGGGGUUCGAGACAUCUGGACAACUGACGGGACGCCGUCCAUUCAUCGACAUCCACUUCUGGCUCUAAGUUUGACCACAGCACUCAUCAUCCUCCUGUCAAUCUGCAACUAGUGUUUUCCCUAAAUCAAAACCAUUUUAAUCAGUAACACGAUAACACAAGCAAAAUUUAUGUAUACUUUGUGUAAAAAAAAAAAAUUGUUUCUGUAAAUGUGAAAAAAUGUUUUUGGUGCAUUUAGUUCAGUGCAACAAGGAAUGAUUUUACAAACAGUUUAGACAGAAUUUCAGCUUCUAAAAUGCAUGAAUUAAAAAUAAAUUAUUAAAUCAAAUUAAUCAUUUAAUUAUCAAUUAAUUAUAAUUAAUUAUAGAUUUUUUUUUAUAAUAAUUGAAAUAGUAAUUCAGGGUCAGGCUCAA